AUAUGUGUGCGUAUAAUGUCGGUAGAUGUGUGCUUAAUUAGUCUCGCAAUAAACGUAUUGAGAACCAGACGUGUCGUUUUACUGCAUAUACUACAACUGGCUGACGAGGAUUCGUAACGCGUGCAAUUAUGUCGGUGGGAAAAAUUGAAACUUUUUGUGUGUCGUCAGGGAACUGGACAUCGUAUAUGGAACGUCUGGAGAUGUAUUUCAAAGUAAAUAAAAUCGCGGCGGAUAUGCAAUUACCAACAUUAAUUGCGGUUAUGGGUGAAGAGGCCUACGAUUUGCUAAGUAAUUUAUCAAGCCCCAAGAAGCCGUCGGAGUUGACUUUGGACGUCGUAACGAAACUGAUGAGCGAACACUUGGAGCCAAAACCCUCAUUCAUGGCUGAGAGGCAUAAAUUUCGGCAUAGAAGACAAAGAGAAGGCGAAAGUAUAGCACAGUACGUCACGGAACUUAAAAAAUUGGCUAAGUUUUGUGAAUUCGGUACAACAUUGGAAGAUAAUUUACGAGAUCAGUUUACGUGUUGUCUUAAUAGUGAGUUAAUAAAACAAAGGCUUUUUGCCGAGUCGCAGUUAACAUAUGCAAAAGCGGUCAGUUUGGCAUUAUCGUUGGAAUCGGCGGAGAGAGAUGCAGCGAUGGUGGUACGUACGGGUGCGAGCGAGACGGACGCCGGUUUAGGCGGGGGGGUAGCCAACGCUGCAGCGGGAUCGGUGCAUUCCGUCAGAACGGUGCCAUUUCGGCCGCGUGGCGGAAAAAGAUUUCCGGGUGCAGGAACAAAAGAAAAUUUUACCAGGAUGACGUGUAAGACGUGCGGUAAAGAUAACCAUACCAAUCAGGAAUGCCGAUACAAGAAUUUUGCAUGCAGUAAAUGUGGGCGCAUCGGGCAUCUAAGGCGGGUGUGCCCAGAAAAGGGCGCGCGGCCGCCCACCUCCAGCUGGAGCGGCCAGCAACGAGGGGUGCACCAUGUGGAAGCGGCCCUGGACUCACACGACACCACACACGACGAAAACGAGUUUGAGGUCGAUGAAGAGCUAAAUCAUUUGAGUUUAAACGGUUACAAACCGGUAUAAGGAUCUAUUUAAUGGCGGUUUGGGGCGGUUCACGGGCGGAAAAGCGACAUUGCGAGUGCGGGACGGAGCGGAGCCUGUAUUUUGUCGCGCGCGACCUUUGCCUUACGCCCUCAAGGAGAGGGUGGACGCGGAACUCGACCAGAUGCUCCGGGACAAGGUCAUCGAGCCGGUGGACACCUCGGAGUGGGCUACGCCCUUGGUACCGGUACGUAAAGCUGACGGGGGUUUGAGGUUAUGCGCGGAUUAUAAAGUGACGUUGAACCCGGCCUUACUGGUUGAUAGAUUUCCCUUGCCGAAAAUAGACGACCUUUUAGUGAAUUUAAACGGAGCUCAAGUUUUCUCAAAGAUUGAUCUGUCGCAGGCAUAUAAUCAGAUAGAAUUAGACGACUCGAAAAAGUUUACAGUUAUUAAUACACAUCGGGGAUUAUUCCGCUAUAACCGGUUAGUGUAUGGCCUUUCCUCGAGCCCGGGAAUUUUUCAACGUAUUAUGUCCACUUUAUUAGGCGAUAUACCACAAGUCGAAGUAUUUUUAGAUGAUAUAAUAAUAGGGACGGUAGAUGAAAAAACACACAUAUUGGUAUUAGAAAAGGUUUUACAAAGGUUGCAUAACCAAGGAAUAAAAUUAAAGAAAAACAAAUGUUACU